CGCAACUUAGCAAUUCCACCUGAGAACCAUGGCGUUCCCAGCAACUAUUGUUAUUCUUCCUUUAGGCAUUCUUUUCAUCCUUUCUGGUCUAAUUGUAAAUAUAAUUCAGGCUAUCUUCUUUCUCCUUCUCCGUCCGAUAUCAAAGAACUGUUACAGAAGAGUAAACAAAUUGCUCACAGAAUCACUGUGGUUGGAACUCAUAUGGCUCGUUGAUUGGUGGGCUGGAAUCAAGAUUGAACUACACACAGAUUCAGAAACCUUUCAAUUAAUGGGCAAAGAAAAUGCACUUGUCAUCUGCAACCACAGAAGUGACAUUGAUUGGCUUAUUGGAUGGGUCUUGGCUCAGCGCUGUGGUUGCCUUGGUAGCACAGUAGCCAUUAUGAAGAAAGAAGUCAAAUAUCUUCCUGUUCUGGGUUGGUCAAUGUGGUUUGCUGAAUAUAUAUUCCUAGAAAGGAGCUGGAAAAAAGAUGAAACAUCACUGAAGUCAGGUUUUGAGCAUCUAGAGCACAUGCCUCUGCCUUUUUGGUUGGCCCUUUUUGUUGAAGGCACUCGUUUCACACAGACAAAGCUUUUACAGGCUCAAGAGUUUGCUGCUUCCAAAGGGUUACCAACACCUAGAAAUGUUUUGAUUCCUCGUACUAAGGGUUUUGUCACAGCAGUUAGCAACCUUCGGAAAUUUGUUCCAGCCAUUUAUGAUUGUACAUAUGCAGUUCCAAAAAGUGAGGCUUCACCUACUUUGUUGAGAAUAUUUAAAGGCAUUUCUUGUUCGGUGAAGGUUCAAAUUAAGCGUCAGAAAAUGGUGGAACUCCCAGAAACAGACGAUGACAUUGCACAAUGGUGCAAAGACACAUUUGUUGCCAAGGAUGCUAUGCUCGAGAAAUAUAACACUACAGAAAUGUUCAGUGACCAAGAACUUCAACAAAUUCGUCGGCCUAAAACAUCUGUUUUGGUUGUGGUUUGUUGGUUAUGGGUUCUAGGGUUUCUUAUCUAUGAAUUCUUCCAUUGGACCUCACUUCUCUCGUCGUGGCAAGGCAUCAUAAUAACAAUGCUUUUCUUGCUCCUGGUCAUAGUUAUCAUGGAAAUCUUCAUUCAUUCCUCUGAAUCAGAGCAUUCUAAGCCCAAAUUUUUACCCACACAAGACCCCUUGAAGCAAAACCUUAUUCAGCGAUGAUGACCGAUUCGGCGCAUGUUUCUUGAUAUUUAUCACAAUUCUUUGUCUCACACCUGUAUAUAUUAUUACUAUCAUUUAUCUUUUUUUAAUAUACUAAAUUACACAAGUUAGCAAAAAUAAGGUCACAUCUAUUCCUUGUUUGU